CUUUAUAGAAUUUAGACAUUGCGUGAGCAGAGUGUUGUGGUGUAAAUGUGUUUCAGCACCCUUGAGAAUGGACGGCUUUUUACGCUCUCUGAUCUUCAGCCUCUUGGUGGCCAGCGUCUUGUGUAUAUGGCAUGACGAUGCCAUCACCAUCGAGGCUGCGACGCCCAACAGAAAUCCUAAGCAAAUCUUCGUGAGGACCCCGGUGGUAGCCGCAUACCAACCUCUCCUCUUCAAUCAAUUCCCGGUAUCCGCGCAGGUCACGGCUGGACCAUGUUUCACCAGCAAAGCCGUCUUAGGAAGAUGCAUGUCUUUCAGAGAUUGUUACCCUUAUUUCAAGCUACCGGAACUGAGUAAUUGGGAUGCUUGGAUUUUGGGAAUGUACGACACAUGCAGUUUCUACACGGAACAGGGACGACAGAUGUUUGGAGUAUGUUGCGUGAACCCUCAAACAGCAAAACCUGCAGAAGAGACGGAACCUCCAGAAACUACCGAAGAGGAGAACUCGAUCAACCCAAAUGCGGAAGGCGGAAAGAGGCCCAAUUACAACGAAAUAUCCAAUUGGCCUCCACCGGUUCCCACGCAUCCUCCAAAUCACACUAUUCCACCAUUACCGACGCACCCUCCAUCCCCAGGUUUCCCAGGUAUUAUCCCGACCACCGAAUCCGGAUUCUCGCAGUCCUGGCCCGCCAAACCCAAACCUCCUCGUCCUACAUCCAAACCAUCCAUGAAACCAUCCUCUAAACCAACUUAUAAACCUCCAACUACAACACAGCCAUUUGACGCUUCGUGCGGAACUAAAAAUGGUUACCAAGAUCAAGAGAGGAUCGUCGGAGGACAUAACGCCGACAUCGGGGAAUGGCCUUGGAUCGCAGCACUCUUCAAUGGAGGAAGGCAGUUUUGCGGAGGUUCCCUCAUCGAUGACAUCCACAUCUUAUCCGCCGCUCAUUGCGUAGCCCACAUGAGUUCCUGGGAUGUGGCAAGAUUGACUGUAAGAUUAGGCGACCACAACAUCAAGACUAACAGCGAAGUCAGACAUAUCGAGAAGAAAGUCAAAAGGGUCGUCCGGCAUCGGGGCUUCGAUCCUCGCACACUGUAUAACGACAUUGCGAUUUUAACGUUGGACAGUCCGGUGCAAUUUUCGAAACAGGUUCGACCAAUUUGCCUGCCAACCUACGGGUCCAAAUACGAAGGGCAGACGGCUACCGUCAUUGGAUGGGGCAGUCUUAGAGAGAGUGGGCCGCAGCCUGCUGUCUUGCAGGAGGUCAACAUUCCGAUUUGGACUAACUCCGAGUGCCGUCAGAAAUAUGGACCUGCCGCACCUGGGGGCAUCGUUGAUCACAUGAUCUGCGCUGGACAAGCUAGCAGAGAUUCUUGCAGUGGUGACAGUGGUGGUCCAUUGAUGGUCAACGAUGGAAAAUGGACGCAGGUCGGCGUCGUUUCUUGGGGCAUAGGUUGCGGAAAAGGACAAUAUCCUGGAGUAUAUACGAGGGUGGAGAAAUUCUUGCCUUGGAUCAACAAGAACCUCAAAUAAACGGACAUUAUUUAUUAGAAGUCGCCCCUUUUAGGUUAUUUUAAUGUUUUCUAUUUUUUUUUGUAUGUGCGUAUGUUGUCUUCGCACCUCUUCUUCCUUUUUCCCGCGCUAUUUAGCAGUUAAAUGAAUUAUCGGAAUUUAUUUCCCCGUAGAUGUCUGCCCCUUAGAAUGUGUUAAUUGCUGCUGUAAUUUUAGAAAGAAAGGGGCGUACACAGAACACAAAACAUA